GUCUUGUUCUGCUAAAAUUGGCCCCAACCCUCCAUUCUGCACAAUCUUAGUGAAAGACCCCUGUACAUGUCAGAAUAUAAUCCUACAGCCUGGGCUCUCAGCCCCCUCUCUUAAAGGGUAAGCCACAGAGAGUACAUUCUUCUCAUCACUCUUUUAUCCCAUCGCUUGGCCACAUGUUGUUCCCCUGACCCUCUUUCUCUCCUUCCACGGCCCCAGCCAUGGAUGCCUCAAUGUCCAUCAACGUGACGCCGGUCGUCUCUGUUGCCCUUGUCGUUGUAUCAACCAUUUUUCCGGUCUUGUCUCUAUUGUCGAUUAUUCUCCGGUUUCAAGCUCGCCGAAUAGGACACUUGAAGCUUGCAGCCGAUGACUGGUGGAUCUUGGCAGGAUGGCUCCCUACUUUUGGGUUGAGCAUUACUAUUUGGAUUUUUGGCAGCAUCACUGGUAUUACCAAAUACAAAGUCAAUCUAGCAACGGGGAUUCAGAGAUCGUUCCAAUGCCUUUUCAUCUGUAGUGCCGUCCUCCAAGUAUGCCUAUCUGCGGUCAAGAUUUCGAUUUUGCUAUUCUACAAGCGAACCUUUUCGGUCCCUAAAUUUCAGAUUGCUGCAUACAUUGCCAUCGCCAUUGUUGGUUGUUGGGGGAUCACCUUCUUCUUCCUGAUGCUUCUAGAAGGCGAUCCGAUCAGCAGGGCAUGGACUGGGAAGGGACACUUCAGAUUCGAUCAAGUCGCAAUGGAGUUCGCUCAAUCUGCCACCAGUAUCGCAUUGAAUGUCGCCGUCUUGCUGCUUCCCCUCCCCAUGCUUUGGUUCCUACCCAUGUCUCCCCAUAGAGUGUGGGAUCUCAUUCUCGUCUAUGUGUUAGGUGCACUUUGCUGCGCUGCUGCUAUUGUUCGAUUAGUUCUGCUCCAUGCUUCCAUAGCCAAAGAGGCUACCGACCUGUCCGUAGUCCACAUCCACUCCAACCAGCUUGUUUUCAUGAUCAUCGAAACCAACUGUUCUAUCAUUGCCGCCUGUCUCCCAUGCUAUGGCGCCCUUCUCAGAGGUGGGCAAUCACUCGCAUCGAUCGUCCGAUCCUUUUUUGCGAUCCACGGCCGGGCCCGCUCCCAGACCGAUUCCAGUUUUACAAGCCUCCGUAGCGGCAAACACUACCCCAUCCACGGCAUCAGGGAUUUGUACGCCGAUACAGGCUCUCAGGUUGAACUCACGGGGCCUAGGGAUCGUUGGUCGCGAACGACCACACAGGUCACCAUCAAGGUCAGCGGUAACCCGCGCCAGAACGACGAGUGUCUCUCACCAGGGAUCGUGGUCCACACUGAGCUUGAUAUAUCCACCAAAGGGACCGACGUUUAAAAAGAGUCUUGACGGUGUGGUUUCACAUUGGUUACCUGGCUGUCAUGUCAUGCUUUAGGAAAGUAGUGAAAUUAGCGUUCUUAAAUUUGUAAUAUGGUGCUCACUCGUUGAAAUAAAUGGGAGGCUUGCU